CGCGCGUUCCCCUGUGGAAAGAAUCGCCUCGUGCGCAUGCGCCAAAGAAAAAAAAAGCCAAACAGCGCCUCAUGUGUAGUUAACGUUUUGUGAGGAAAACUGAAGGGAUGGAAAGUCCCAAGGAGGAGGGAAUGGCGGGGCCCGGGGAGGACGACGUGGAGCCGCUCCCCCGAGGGGGCUUUCGUUGCCGCCUCUGCCGCGUUACAGUCGCCAACCAGCCCAGCUUAGAAGACCACUUGCGUGGGAAAAAACACCAGCGCUUGGAAAACCUCCGCACGGUCCGCCAGACCCAAGAGCUUCGCAGUGUUUUUGUCAGUGGCUUCCGGAAGGGAACACCAGCCUCGGAGCUGAGCGAUUAUUUCCAGACUUAUGGGGAAGUGGUCAAUGUUGUGAUGGACAAGGAAAAGGGGGUCUAUGCCAUUGUAGAGCUACAAAACGAAGAGGUGCUGAAGAAGGUUUUGUCCGAACCGCAGCAUAACCUGGGAGGCCAAAAGCUGCGCGUCAAGCCUCGAGAGAAGAAGGAUUUCAAAUACAACCCUCCCAGGAAGCAGGGCUCAGCCAGGCAGGAGCAACUGAACCCGGAAAAGGUGGCACAAAAGUUGUGCGAGGCUGAUGACGUGGAUGCACAGAUGUCCGUGUUGGUGCAGCUCUUCGAAUUUUCGGAAAAUGAGCGGCGAUUGCGGGACUUGUUGGUCACGCUCUUUCAAGAAGUUUUCCUAGAAUUUUUUCCUGGUUCUGCGAUUGUCCCUUUCGGCUCCUCAGUGAAUGGCUUUGAUGUCUCUGGCUGUGAUUUAGAUUUGUUCUUGGACCUUGAGAAGGCAAAACACUUCCAGGUGUCUGCCAAUGGCUCCAGUGUGCCACAGGAUGGAGCCAGUCCCAAACUAGCCCCACAUUCGGAGGAUUCGAUCCUCAGUGAUGUGGACCUGGCCUCGGCCACGGUGCCGGAAGUGCUAGAACUGGUUGCCACUGUGCUGCAGAAGUGUGUCCCAGGAGUCCACAACGUCCAAGCUGUGCUGACUGCCCGCCGUCCUGUGGUCAAGUUUUGCCACAAAGAGUCCAGCUUGCGUGGAGACAUCUCGAUAAACAACAGGUUGGCAGUCUGUAACACACGCUUCCUACAGCUUUGCACUGAGGCGGAUGAGAGGGUCCGACCUUUAGUCUACACGGUGCGCUACUGGGCAAAACAGCAGACUCUGGCAGGGAAUCCUUUUGGUGGAGGUCCCCUCCUAACUAACUAUGCCUUGACGCUGCUGGUCCUUUACUUCCUGCAGACGUGCAGCCCGCCAGUCCUGCCCACUGUUGCUCGCCUGAGGGAACAAUCAGGUGACACAGAGCAAGCCAUAGUAGAUGACUGGGACUGCAGCUUCCCCAAGGAUUUGGCCCAGUGGGGUCCAAGCAAGAACAAGGAGAGCCUUUGCUCCCUCUUGGCAGAAUUCUUCCAUGUCUUUGAAGACUAUGAUUUUGCUGGCGGCGUGAUAUCCCUCCGGGAGGGCCAGCUGCUUUCUUUGUCGAGCUUCCUGUCUUCUGAACUCGGCGGCAAAUUCAAAACGGGGCCAUUGAACCUCCAGGAUCCCUUUGAGCUGAGCCACAACGUGACUGCAAACGUCAACAAGAAGACGGCGCUGCGGUUCCAGAUGUGCUGCCGCAGCGCUGCCAAAUACUGCCGGAGUUUGCAGUACCAACGCAAGUCCACAAAGGGCAAGAUCUGGGGACUGGUCCGCCUUUUCCAACCAGGGAAUCUGGAGGCCGAGGCUCCUACCGAUAAAGAGCUUGUUAUUAGCUUUCCUUUGACAAUGUGCCAGGGCGAGGAUUUGCAUCAGCAUUGGUUCCAAAAAGUGUGCUCUGGCGUGGUGUUUGUCUUCGAGGAUGUGCUGAAGUGUAGCUGCUCAGAGACGCAGCAGCAGUUAGGAGAAGAAGAGGCAACCACUGCAGAACCAGAAGCAAAGAGUGAGCCAUUGUCAUCGGGAUCCAAGCGGCCCCUGGACGAUGGGGACGACAGUCUCUCCCCUUUGGCAAAAAGGCCACGAAAUGGUCCUUGGAUUGAGAAAAGUGUGGCCUGGGACUGCGCAGUGUGGCAUCGCGUGUGGCUGGGCCGGCGGCGCGUCCGGCGGCAGCUGGACACCAAAGAAAAGGCCAAUUUGCUGGAGCUGGAGGCAAAAGUGUCGGCGCUCAUUUCCCAGCAGGAAGGGAAAGCAAGGCUUGCGGAGCCUCUCCUGCGCUUUGCCAUUCGUGCCCAGUUCUGCACAGAGGACACUUCCGAUAAGCAAAACACACACAUCAGCUUGAAUUUCACUCCGGAUCCCGAACAGGCUGUUGCUUUUAAAGAUUUCUUCCAUUUCCUUCAAAACUUUUUGCCCCAGAUGUUGGAGCAGCACCUAGCUAGUCAGACUCCAUGACUAAAUGGGCGGGGGGAGCCACCCAAUAGAGCAUCAGUGAGUUAUAUUUUUGUAAAGCAGGCAUGGGCAAACUUUGGCCCUCCCUCCUUCAAUUCCCACAGUUCUUAAUAGCCAGUAGGCUGUUAGGAAUGAUGGGAGUUGAAGUCCAAAACACCUGAAGGGAGGUCCGAAGUUUGCCCAUGCCUGUUGUAAAGAGUUACAAAUUUGUUUAUUUGUUUUUAGCCUUUACUGGCAUGAGAAUACAAAGAAGAGGUGGUAAAGCAAUAUUGGGUUUUAUUUUAUUGUUUACUUCCCUUAGUACUCUUUUGCUUUACCACAUUAAAGUGUAUUUCUGAUAUCUACCUUUUUCUAAAGAUGUUGAAACAAUGUUGCGUUUUAUCUCA